AUGAAAAACUGGGGGGGCUCCCCAUUAACCUGUGUCCGUGUGUCCGUCCGUCCGCAGGCGCUGAUGCUGGAGAACCUGCAGAAGCACUCGACCCCCCACGCCACCUUCCAGCCCAACUCCCAGAUCGGGGAGGAGAUGAGCCACAACAGCUUCAUCAAGCAGUACCUGGAGAAGCAGCAGGAGCUGCUGCAGCAGCGGCUGGAGCGGGAGGCGCGCGAGGCCGCCGACGCCGAAGCCUCGGGGAGGAGCGGCCCCGCGCCCCCCCAGCCCGGCGACGGCGACGGCGACGGGGGGCGGCCGCAGGAGCGACGCGCCGGGCGGCUGCGGCAGGCUCGGGGCGCGAAGCCCCCCGACUCCGGCCCGGAGGGGCCCCCCCGCGGCCGCCGCGGGGGGGGGCGGCCCCCCCCUGAAACCCGGCGACGGGAGGAGGAGGAGGAGGAGGAAGAGGAGGAGGAGGAGGAGGAGGAAGAGGAGGAGGAGAAGAGGAGGAGGAGGAAGGGGGGGAGGGGGGAGGAAGGCGCGCCCGCCCCGCCCGCCCCCGGGGAGCCCCAAACCCCGCGGCGGCCGGAGGGGGGGAGCCCCCCGGCCCCCCCCCCAGGAGCAGCAGCAGGAGGAGGAGGAGGAAAGGGGGGAGGAAGCAGAGGGGGGCGGCCCCGCCCCGCCGGCGAGGGCCCCGCCCCAGCCCCGGCCCCGCCCGCCUCGCCCUCCCCGCCCCCCCUGCGGGCGGGCCCUCCCAGCCCCCGCCGCCCCCCCCGCGAGGGGGAGCCCCCGCCCCCCCUGCCUCAGCAGGGAGACGCCCCCCCCCUCGCCGGGGCCCCGCCCCCGCUCUUCCUCCUCCUCCUCCUCGUCGUCGUCGCCCUCGCCCUCCCCCCCGCCGCCGCCCCGGCCCCUCCCCCGCCGCCCCGCCCGCCCGCCCCGCCUCCCCCUCCCCCCCCGGCCUCGCCCGCCGGCAGCCCCCCCCGCCGGGAAGGACGGCCCCGAGGGACCCGCCCCUCCCCCCUGCCCCGCCCCGCGCGAGGAGCCAGCGGCGCCCAUGGAGCCGGGCCCCACCCCCACGGCGGGGGGGUCCCCCCCCAGCGCCCCCCCGGAGCGGCCCCCGGACCCCGAGCGCUGGGGACGCCCCCACGGACCUCCGGGACCCCCAACCUCACUUGUGGGGCAGCCCCACGGAACUUCCGUGACCCCCCCACCUCCCUUUCUUCCCCCCCCCCCCCCCACUUGGGGGGCAGCCCCACGGAUCUCCAGGACGGGCCCCUCCCCCGCCCUGUUGGGGGGGGGAGGGGGCAGGGGGGAGGGGGAGGGAGGGGUCACCCCACAGCCCCCUCCCCCCCGACUUAUGGGGCAGCCCCACGGAUCUCGCCGACGCACACCGCACCGCCCCGAAUUGGGGGUGGGGGAGGGGCGGGGGGGUGCAGGGGGCGAGGAGGGGGCGGAGCCGCCCCUCCCCCCUCCCCGGUGCUGACGUGGCGCCCCCCGGCCCCCCCCGCGCGGGGGUGUCUCUCCCCCCUCCCCCCGGCCCCUCCCCCGUCUCUCCCCAGAGCCCCGCCCAGCCCAAGGCCUUCAAGAGGAAGAUCGCUGUGCUCUCAGCCGCCAAGGGGGCGGUGCCCGGCGGCGCGGAGGCGGAGGGGGGGGGGCGCGGCCGGGGGGCGGAAGCGGCGCUGGGGGGCCGGGACGGGCGGAGCCCCCAAACGGCCCUCGCUCAGCAUCACCACCGAGUCGCUCAAGAGCCUGAUCCCCGAGAUGAAGGCGGGGGGCGGGGGCGGGGCGGAGGCCGUGGUGGAGCUGCACCCCGAGGAGGGCCCCAUGUCCGAGGAGGAGGGCGGGGGCGGGGCGGGCGGCGGCGGGGGGGAGGGGCGCGGGACGCAGGGCGCGGCCCUGCCCCCGCUGCUCCCCUCCCCCGCCCACCACCACCACCACCACCUCCCCCACCCGCCGCUGAAGAUCUGCCGCACCGUCACCCAGGUGGUGGCGCCCGAGGGGCAGGAGAACGGGCAGGAGGAGGAGGAGGAGGAGAGGGGGGAGGGGAAGGGGGGAGGGGAGGAAGAGCGGGCCCAGCCCCUCCCCCCACCCGGCGGUGGCGGUGGCCCCGCCCCUCCCCCCACGGCCCCCGCCCCGGCCGAGGGAGCCCAGCCCCUCCCCCCCAGCGAGCAGGAGGGGAAGAGAGGCGAGGCCCCCCGGCGGGGGAUGGGCGCCGCCCCGCCCCGCCCCCUGGGGCUCUGCCUCCCCAUCGACGACCCCGUGCGGGCGGCGCCCCGCCCCUCCCCCCCCCGCGCCCGCCCCUCCCCCAUCGUCCACCUCUGCAACCUGGUGCGGCCCUUCACGCUGGGGCAGCUGAAGGAGCUGCUGGGGCGGACGGGGCGGCUGCGGGACGACGGCUUCUGGAUCGACCGCAUCAAGUCCCACUGCUACGUCACCUACGCGUCAGUGGAGGAGGCCGUGGCCACCCGCAACGCGCUGCACGGGGUCAAGUGGCCCCAGUCGAACCCCAAGGUGCUGGCGGCCGACUUCGCCGAGCAGGAGGAGCUGGAUUUCCACCGGGGGCUGCUGCCGGAGCGGGCGGAGGGGGGGGAGGAGCCGGCGGCGGGGGCGUGCCCGGCAGGGGCGGGGCGCGGGGCGUGCCCGGCGGGGGGCGUGGCGGGGCGCGGCCCGCGGGAGGCGGAGCGGGCGCAGUGGGCGGAGCGCGAGCGCGAGAUGGAGCGGCGGGAGCGGACGCGGGCGGAGCGCGAGUGGGACCGCGACAAGGGCCCGCCCCGCUCGCCCAGCCCCUCCCCCCCCGCGCCCCGCCCGCCCGGCCACGCCCCCCGCGAGCCCCGCCCCCGGCACCGCCCCCCCGACAAGGAGAGGGGGCGGGGCUCCCGCGAGGCGCGCCCCGACAAGAAAGAGAAGCCGCCCGAGGAGCCGCCGGCCAAGCUAUUGGACGACCUGUUCCGCAAGACGAAGGCGGCGCCGUGCAUCUAUUGGCUGCCGCUGACCGACACCCAGUUCGUGCAGAAGCAGGCGGAGCGGGCGGCGCGGGCGCGGGAGCGGGAGCGGCGCCGCAAGGAGCAGGAGGAGGAGGAGCAGCGGCAGCGCGGGGGAGGGGCGGCGGGGGCGGGCGGGGCCGCCCCUCCCCCGCCCCGCGACAAGAGAGGGGGGGCGGCCGCGCCCCGCGAGCGAGGGGCCCCGCCCGGCGCCCCGCCCGGCGCCCCGCCCCCGCCUUCCUCGGCCGCGGCGUCGUCCGGGCACCGGGAGCAUCACCGGGGCGGGGGAGGGGAGCACCGGGGCGGGGGAGGGGAGCACCGGCGCGGCGGGGGAGGGGAGAAGCGCCGCAGCCGCAGCCGCAGCACCCCGGUGCGGGACCGGGGCGGGCGGCGCUGACGCGGGACACGCCCACCCGGAGCCACGCCCUCCGCGCCCAUCCCCCCACCCCCGCCCGCGCGUCCCCACCCCGCCCCUCCCCCGCCCCUCCCCCACCACCGGGGCCUCUGCGGGGGGAGGGGGCAAUAAAGUGGCUGAUGGUGUUUGUA